GAAUGUCUGAACACUACGGGCAGGCUAAGAUCAGCAUUUUGUCUAUUAAAAUGCAAUCUUGAUUCGUUCUGUCUAUCAUCCUGAUGAUAAGUUUUAUUUCCAGAAUUUUGUGGUAAAUUCAUUGUUAUGAUCUGUAAAAACCUGUUUUCCUAAGUGAUGCGAAUGCACGUGAGCUUUAGUUCUCACAAGUCGUCUUGUCCUGUACACUGAGAACUUCACUAAAUUUGAAUCGUUUAUGGCUCUUCCUAUAAAUGUUUGAUGCUUCUUUCCUCCCAAAAUGUAUGUCUGUAAUUUUUUUAGAGUGGAGACUUCUACAGCAAUGUCUACUCAAGUUAAGAGUCAGACAGGGCUUCUCUUGCUACAUGCAUCACAUACACACACAAACAAGUUCAAGUGGCGGUGGAAAACAUCAAUGCAAUCCCACUGUUACAGUGGAUUCUAUGCACUAUUUGUCUAUCUUGAAUUCGAGUACCAACUUAAACACGGUGAAGCAACUUCAUGCCCUCACGCUCGUUACACGAUACCAUCGCAAUGUCUUUUUGGAAACCAAAUUUGUAAGCAAAUAUGCCAUGUUCGGCUGCCUGGAGAGCGCGCGCCUCAUUUUCCACAAAUCUUAUAAACCUGAUGUUUUUCUAUACAAUGCUAUGCUUAUAGGUUUAUCAAGGAGUGGAAAACCUAGAGAAAUCAUUUCACUGUAUUAUCGAAUGAGAAAGUCUAAUGUACAGCCAGACAAUUUCACCUUUCCUGCUGUGUUGAAAGCCUGUGGAGAAAUUAGAUCGCUCCAAGAUGGUAAGGAAAUCCAUUAUCAUGUUGUCAAAAGUGGGUUUGAAUUGAAUUUGUUUGUGGGUGCUGCGCUUAUAGAUAUGUAUGUGAAAUGCCAGAGUGUAGAGGAUGCACGCCAAGUGUUUGAAAAUAUGCCCACAAGAGAUGUCGUCUUAUGGACUUCAUUGAUUGUUGGAUACGUUCAGAAUGGCUGUGCGAAUGAGGGGUUGCAGUUAUUUCAUCAGAUGCGAUUGGGAGGUGUGAAUCCCGAUUCGCUAACAAUGGCGAGUGCAAUCUCGGCAUGUGCCCAAUUAGGUGGUCUGAAAGAAGGUAAGCGACUUCAUGCAUUUGUUAUUAGAAAUGGAUUUGAGUUGGAUCUUUCUGUGGGAAAUUCCCUUGUAGCAAUGUAUGCUAAGUGUGGGAGUGUAGAUGUUGCACAUCAAUUGUUUGACAUGAUGCCUGACAGAAAUGAGAUCUCAUGGAAUGCAAUGAUUGCUGGGUAUGCUCAGAAUGGACAUGCAAAGGAAGCCUUGAGAAUAUUCAGUCAAAUGCUAGAAGCUCACAAUAUCAAACCUGACUUAGUUACCAUGGUGAGCGUGCUUCCAGCUUGUUCUCAUUUAGGAGCUUUCCAACAAGGGACAUGGAUUCAUGAUUAUGUUAUUAGAAGCGGGUUUGAGCUAAAUGUCUCUGUGGCAACUGCUCUGAUUGAUAUGUAUGCUAAAUGUGGAAGUGUAGGGCAUGCAAGGCAAGUAUUUGAUAAAAUGCCCAAAAGAGAUGUUGUAUCAUGGAGUGCAAUGAUUUCAGGUUACGGAAUGCAUGGACAUGGUAAGGAUGCCCUUUCACUUUUUUCUCGAAUGCAGCAAACAGGUAUGAAACCAAACGAUGUCACCUUCAUUUCUGUUCUGUCUGCUUGCAGUCAUGCAGGCAUGUUGGAUGAGGGUUGGCGGUAUUUUAGUUCAAUGAGUCAAGAUUAUUGUAUCAAACCCAGAGGAGAGCAUUAUUCCUGCAUGGUUGACCUUCUUGGCCGUGCAGGGUUUCUGGAUGAAGCACUUGACUUUAUCAAUAAGAUGCCAUUAGAACCUCAUGUUGGUGUGUGGGGAGCUCUACUUAGUGCCUGUAGGAUUUACCGCAAUAUAGAGUUGGGAGAAGUUGCAGCACGACACCUUAUAGAGAUAGACCCUGGGCAUUCUGCAUAUUAUGUGCUGCUAUCUAACAUCUAUUCUGCAGAAGGCAGGUGGCAUGAUGUGGCAAAAGUAAGAUCAAUGAUGAGAGAUAGGGGUUUGAAAAAGACACCAGGAUGCAGCUUCAUUGAAGUAAAUGCCAAGGUACAUGCAUUUCUUGUAGGAGACAGAUCACAUCCCCAAUCUGAGAAAAUUUAUUCAAUGUUGGAGGUCUUGUCUGGGCAGAUGGCAGAGGCAGGGUAUGUACCUAGCACAAAUUUUGUAUUACAUGAUGUAGAGGAGGAGGCGAAGGAACAUAUGCUUGGUACUCACAGUGAAAAGCUGGCAAUAAUUUUUGGCCUUAUAAGCACAAAUUCUGGAACUCCUGUUCGCAUCACUAAAAACCUCCGUGUGUGUGGGGAUUGCCACAAUGCCACUAGGUUCAUCUCAAAGAUUGCCAAGCGAGAAAUAAUUGUGAGGGAUUUAAACCGUUUCCAUCAUUUUAAGGACGGAUUUUGUUCUUGCAAUGAUUAUUGGUGAAAUUAGCCAAAGCAAGGAAAAUUAUUCCAAAUUCACACUUUCUUGCCUAUAAGAUUGUUUCUACUUGUAACAGUUAGAGAUUCACAAUGUUAUCAUACAGUAGCACAUGAUAUGAUGUUUAUUGGCCCUCAUUUAAGUGGAAAAUUUUAAAAACUUAGUGCAUGCUCUCAUGUCUGACUGAGUGGGCAUUGUGGAAGAGAGGAUCUAUCGCAUCUGAUUUGCUGUGCAGAACAUUUCAUUUUAGGCAAGUUGUUUGUUCAUCCAAUUUUUCCAUAUCAUCACAUUAGAUUACACAGAAUUUGUAUAAAAUCCAUUUUUGUAGAUUUCAAA